AUGGCGAGCGCAGCACACGAUCCCCGACUGCUCUACAGUGUCAAUAAUAUUCGUGCUUUCCAUAUCCAAGAUGGCGUAGAGCAAGAACUCACGCCGUCCGGCCCUCAAACCCUAUCACUGCUAAUGGUCCCCACCAACACAGCCACUGCUGGCCCUGGGACAGAUUGGCCCCAAGAUUCACUGGAAGAGGAUUUCUAUCUUCACCUAUAUCUCCCACCUGAGCUCGAUAUUGCGAUACCAGCGACCACACAGAUCUUUCACCAACCUCCCGACAGUUAUCUGAUUCCCCGCUGGGACAUGGGUCCUGAUGCUGGCGCUUUCAUUCGCAUCCAGUUCCCUGGCAUUGGCACGGACCCCGGCAAUGUGUCUCAGGACGAUAUUGAUACCUUUGAAUCCAUCCUUGCGCAGUGCACUGCAUUCCUCGAGUGCACUCCGCACCCAAAGGCUCAGGACUAUACUACCUAUAACCCGGCUGACUACGCACCCGGCGAGGGGUAUGUUGGAACUCCAGAUGCAAAGAAAGCAGACGCGCAUGGAAGAAUUGUCCUCGUGGAUGAAGAAAAUGGCAGUGUGGUUGGAGAGCUAGGAGAUGGCUACAAUGUAGUUGAGGAUGCCGACGUGAAGCCUGGGUCUAAGAGACCUGUAGGAAUUGAACUCCCUACAGAAGGUGGAGGCAACCAAGUCAACGUUAGCAAUGUCUCCGAAGAAUACCUGGCAAUGGCCCGGCAUCCGGCGUAUAAGAACUCGACACUCGUCCAGAGUUCAGCUACAGCAUCUCGCCUGAUCACGCAGCCGAAUGUCAAGCCUCUGAAAUUCUCAGACGCCACACACGCGCGCAUCCGCAAGGUCGGCACUCUAUCUCACGGAGCAGCAAAUAUUUCUUCUCGUACAGUCGGACAAGUCGGGAAAGUUGCACAGAAUCUAGGUGCGACAUUGGCGCGCAAACAGGAGAAUAAAGGCAUCGACAGGCGCAACCCACCACCGGAAUACAAGCCCGGUGUGCUGAAUAAAUCGAUGAUCGCAUUCUCAACCCUGGCCGACGGCAUCGAGCAGAGCGCCCGGAACAUGCUCUUCUCCGGUGCCAGCGCCGCCACCUCUAUGAUCGACCACCGCUACGGCAAUGAGGCUGGCUCCGUCGCAACCAACUUGACGGGUGGAAUCACGAAUGUUGGAUUGGUAUACAUCGACGCCACUGGUGUCAGUCGCCGUGCGCUUUUGAAAUCUGUCGCUAAAGGGAUGGUUGUUGGAAAAAUGCGCGAUGGCCAACAGGUCGUCGUCGGCGGUGGUGAUGGCGGCCAGGUUCCAGCUGACGCUGCGCAGGCUGCUUCGGGCCCUUCUGGCUUGAGCGCCAGGGACCCUGUUGUGCGACGUGCGUCACCUAAUCCCACACCGCCUCCUGCAUAUGGUGCAUCAGGGACAAUGUCCCUCAACGGGACGUCAAAGUCUAGGGGUAAGCGGUAA